AGCCGCGGUCUCUGCUGGUUGAUUCAGUCCGCCGUAGCUCUGCCGACUGGAGGGAUGUGACCCCGGAAAAGGACGCCCUGCUAAUACAACAACACCCCAUUCAAACAGAUCACACAAGAAAGUAAAGCUGGACCAGGAGGGAGCCACAGGAGCAGAGGGGAUGAACCGCGAGGAGGCGCCGGGGAAGUCUCCUGAAGACAUGUACAUCCAGCAUAAAGUGCGGGUCCUGCUCAUGCUUAAGAAAAUGGGUUCAAAUCUUACACAGAGCGAAGAAGCUUUUCUCCGGAGUUACGCAGGAGUGGUUCACAGUCAGAUGAGCCAGCUACCACAGCACAAUAUAGACCAGGGUGCAGAGGACGUGGUGAUGGCGUUCUCACGGUCAGAGACAGAAGACCGACGACAGUGACCCAGGCCUCUCUCCACCUCUUCCCAAACAAACCCACCCACUGUCCCGCCCUGUGCAUGAUUCACAACAACAUCCAACUCCACAAACAAACACACACACCGAUGAGCUCAGGAGAAGAGGGGCGCCUGCAGGAGGCAGAGGAGGAGGAGGAGGAGACGCGGCGUUCGCCUCCUACAUCCUGCCCCUUCCUCACCUACUGACGGCACCUGGGAUGCACUCGAGCGGGUCACUGUGGGCCGUGGCCUUGGCAAUAAGGCAAUCUGUGAACACACUCACAAAUUGGGUAAUUGUCGGUUUUGGUUUUCUUUUCAUUUUCUGUGGUGGCAUCGAGGGUUGAUUUUUGUUAGGUUCCGUCAGCGUCGAGGUGUCGGGCAGCGUCACGUCUGCUGCGGUCACCGAGGCGGACCUUUUCGACAGCUGACCCGAAGCGAAGAGAAGUGAUAAUCGUGUUAGAGGAGACGGUUGGCAAGUAUUUCUGCUUUUAAAAGCCCUGCCGUUAGUUUCGGGUUUUAGCUGUUGUGCGUUGUUUUGUUAACGAGGGGCCUCGUUUUGUAAAAAAAAAAAAAAAAAAACUCUCAGCAGAUUUAAAGUUACAACCGUGUCUCAGGAUCCGGUAGAAAGUCUCCCCGGUGGAGUCCAGCUUUAGUAUUUACCACUUCUUCAUCUCAUUCGGUCACUCAUAAGAAGAAGCUGGUGUGAAAACAUUAAUUUUAAGAGUAACUACUCAAAAACAGCUGCAUAUGACCGCAUCAGUGUUUGAAGACAUUUUCUGCUUUCGCUUGGAUGGUUUUAAAUUUAAUCAACUAUCCACACCGGACUGUGGCCUGAUUAUGAGGCUCACAUUUUGGUUGCAGGACUCAGAUAAACUCAUUUAGCGACGCAUCGACCCCCGACCCCCGUCUGCCGCUUUGGUCGGCUUCAGCCGUGCUCUGCGACGGGCGCAGCUGGAUCUCGUUCGUUUUCUAAUUGGAAGCUGCAAAGAAGAAAAACAGUGACGCUUUACUGAAUCAUGGUAUGAACCGUAGGAUUUCUGACAAGGUAUCGACAGGCCGGUAGAGCAGAGUGCGAGUAUCAAUCGUUCAUGUUUAGUUUAGUCCUGGAUCAAUCGACGCUAUUUAUGAAGGAGAAACGCCUGAAGGUCUUUGUUUAAAUCUGGAUAUGUUGUGCAUGAGGCCCCAUUUAUUAUUCAUCUUUCUGCUGCUUUCUUUAUUCUUGUCAGUGUUUAUUUUUAAUCAUGAGCGAUUGAUCAGAAAUUACAGACACUACCAGACGUUAUCGAAUCAAACAUGAAACACAGGUGUAAACAUCCUCUCUGCUUGUUUUGUUUUUUUUCACUCAUUGUGACGAGUAAAACUAUAAUAUGAUAGUUUUUUUUUUUAUUGUACGUUUAGCUGGAAACUAGGAAGAAUGAAUUCCAUGUGCCAAUUUAAUAAAAAAAAACAAACAAGCUUUGGGUGUAAUUUAUUGUUUCCUGAAUUGAUAAUAUUGUUUUCACUAAAUCAGGAAUUAAUUUAACCAGCAAGCAGCGACUCUUUUACACUAAAUUCACACAAACUCUAACUUUUAACUACCUGUAAUCAAACCCAUAACGCCAAACAUUACAACUGUGUGCUAUUUUUUUCUUCUUUUUUUUUUUUUAACUGUACUGUAUCUGUUGCACUAUUAUCAGCGGGAUAUUUGUUUUUAAAAAUAGAAAAUAAGAAAAACGUUUUAAUAUCUAGGACAAAGAUUAUUUGUUUGAUUCACUGCGGGGUGAAAAGUAUGGUUGUAAAUGUGUUUUUAUUUGUCAUUUACAAAAAAAAAAAGAAAACAAGUUAAAUCUUUAAUUGAUGCAGCUGGACUUUGAAAAAAAAAAAAAAGAAUAUUUGUGUCUCAACAGGCAUAUUUCUUAACAACAUGCUGAUUUAUUUAAUUUAGGUUUAAGAUGUUUUAAAGCCAAGCAUGUCUGCUUUGUGGUUUCUCAUGUUUAUUCAGCCUUGUCACAAUGACCAUUGUUUGUACAUUGUUGGUAUUUGUGGAAGCUAUCAGCUUCUUAGAAAUGUUUUUUUGUUGUUGUUUUUGUUGUUGUUGGCGGUAAGUUCAAGUUCAGACUGAAUGUUUCCAAGAAUCAUCGCAAUGUAAACAGCCAACAGGUCUGUCUGUAUUUUAUGUUUACUUUAUUAUAAAACAUUCUUUAUUUGUCUCUAUGCAUUUUUUUUUUCUAAGGUGUCUUACUGUACAUUGUACCCAUCAGGGCUGGACUGCAGCCUUGGAUCAAGUUGUGUGUGUGGGGGUGGGGGUGGGGGUGGGGGUGUGUGUGUGUGUGUGUGAGAGAGGAGAGAGAAAGAGAUCCUCAUUGAACUUAAAAUCUCCCUGUUUUGAUUUUCAGCAUGCUGUUAAGUUGAAGGCAGGAUUGUGUAUCUUCUUACUGUGACCGGAUGUUGCUUAAUUGUUUUUGUUCUUUUUAUUUUGUCGCCUUGUAUUUUAUUUUCCUUUCCAGUCUACAUUGAUUAGUUGGUUUCUUUUUGGUUUUGUAUGGCUGCUGACCAUACUGCCCUAAUGCUUCCAAAUCCAACUGAACCAUUAAAGAACUUUUAAAAAGCAAAA